AUAUCUGGCUUCACAAUAUUAUAUUCACAAAGUGGUCUUUAAUCUCUAAUCUGCUGAGAAACUAAACGACAGGAGCAAUCAAUAUAAUUCAAUAUUUUAUUCCCUGUACAACAGAAUUCUGAUGAUGAUGACGAUGAUGAUGGAGAGCGGCUCGUCAGGACUCUUCCUCCUCCUCCUCCUCCUCACCAGUGGUGCGUCUGGACUGGGAUCAGUGCUGUGGAUCGGUUUCAACUACUACUCACCUCCCUACACCUGGAAGAACGCUCAGAGUUUCUGCCGGAGUCACUUCGUUGACCUGGCCACCAUCUAUACGCAGGACAACACAGGCUACAUGAACAUAGAGGAACAUAAAGCAUGGAUCGGCCUGCACAGGCAGUAUGGCAACGACUCCACCCUCUGGUACUGGAGUAACGGACAGUUGAACUACUUCUGGCGCUGGGCAGACAACCAGCCAGGCAACGAUGACUGUGCUGUCGUCAAUAACAGACAGAAAAAGUUUUAUGGCUCCAAUUGCGACGGACGUAACUUCUUCAUCUGCCAUAAGAUGAAAAGCAGUGGUCCUGAAUACACGUUUGUACCACAGUUGAAGACGUGGUCUGAAGCUCGGGAGUACUGCAGUAAUAAUUUUGACGAUCUGGCAACUAUCAAACUGGAUUACCAAAUGGAUAAGGCUGUCUUGGAUUGGGACUAUCCAGUCUGGACUGGACUGUACAGAGAUGGGGGAACGUUUAAGUGGAGCACAGGGGUGUCCACGUUCUUAGACUGGGCAUCAGGCGAGCCAAGGAACAACGGCGACUGUGUCUCCAUCCUCUCUCAUCAAAAAAAGAUGGCCACCCAAGACUGCUCCGCCCUGUUUCCCUUCGUCUGCUUGAGGGACAAUCUGGUCCUGGUGAAGGAGAACAAGACCUGGGAGGAGGCGCUGGAACACUGCCGAGGCCUCGACCCAUCGAACCCUCGCUACGAGCUGCUCAGCAUCCAGCCCGAAGUCGACCACAUGUAUGUGAUGACCACGGUCAUGCAGAGGGCCGUCACUGAGAAGGUGUGGACAGGUCUCCGGUUCCUGGCCGGUAAAUGGUUGUGGGUGAACGUAGCUGAUCAGCUGUACUCUGAUCUGCCCACCUGCCCCGCCACGAAGGAUCACUGCGGAGCGCUAUCCAAGAAUGACACCGGCCAAAUGGAGACCACGGACUGUACGGAAAGGUUAAACUUCCUGUGUUACAGGAGAUGGUGAACGCAUCACUGACCACCAGAUCUCCUCUGCAUCGGAAAACUUCACGUUCACGUGCUUUUCCACUUGUUCCAGAGCUUAUUCAGAUGGUAACACAUUAGUAGAAUGUCAAACGUAGGAGUAACUAUACAAAAACUUUAAGAGAAAAUGAGAAUAUAAAGUGUGAUUUUCUUUUGUUGUCUGUUGUCUGUAAACUUUUUGACAAAUCUUCUAGCCAAACUCUGUUUAACAAGUGGAUCUCUCAUUAACUUAGUUAUGUUUUAGCUCAGUUAAAGUUAUCAACUGCUAAAAAAAACAAUGAACCAUCUCAACUGUGGUAGGUUGUUUGUGUGUGUAACUCAGUUUAUUAUUGGUCACAGAGCAAAGUUUCACAGUAAACUGAUAGUUGAACAUAAUCAGAUAAUAAAGCAAAUUUGUUUUUA